AAUUUACGCCCGUGACCAUCCUCCACCACUAUCUGCUCAAACGCUAUGGAAUCCUUCAAACAGAAGCUGGAAUGCCUCGAGGACGGGACGAGAGGAUGGAAAAUCAACUCAAAACGGCUUGUACGAAUAAUCGAGGGCGAGGGCAAGGUAGGCGAGACUGGCAUGUCGGCAAUGAGACCUUUACCGCAGCUUCCGGUCGAGGUGUGGGAGAAUGUGAUCAAUCAUCUGUGGGACGACCAGUACGCUUUGGCGCAGUGCAGCCUCGUCUGCCGAGCAUGGUACCCUCCCUGUCGCUUCCAUUUGCACAGGAAAAUCAUGAUCAACACUGUUCGGGGUGUAAAGGCGUAUGCAAAGGAACUGAAGCAGACGCCCGAGCUGUCGAAACGGGCGCACGAUAUGUUCAUAGGCGAUUUCCCACAUCGAAUAAUCGAUUUGUCAACACUGUGGCCGGCGGCGAUCCUGCUCGCUCGGAAGCUGCCCGAGCUCGAGCGGCUCAGAAUCUGGAAUUCAGAGUGGAAGCCAUGGACGAUGCACAAAGACAUUUUUGUGCACCUCUCCGCCUUCUCCGUCACUCGCCUCGAUCUUCAUGAUGUCACAUUCCCGUCGGUCACCAUCUUUGGGCGCCUCGUCUGUGCGCUGCCCUGCCUGGUCGAGCUCGAAUGCGACAAUAUGGAUUUCACACAUGACCAAUUCCACCGCGAUACGUUUGGUUUAUAUCGCAAUCGCGUCACGAUCAGGUCCUUGUGGCUCGAGUAUCCGCCACUAGAAUCUGAGAAACUCAUGGACUUCCUUGCUCAUCCUUGCAUCUCGAGUCACUUGCAAAGAUGCAUUUUCCGCUAUGAUCAUUUCUAUCAUCAUGGACGAUUCAAAGGGGAAUUUCAGCGACUAUUGAAUGCUGCAUCUGGAUCGCUCUCAGAACUGCAACUGCUUUUGGAGCUUGGUCAAUCAGAACGACAGACAGAUACAGAGGUGUCUGCUGCAGAACGUUCGGUGCUAUCCCUCGCUCACAAUAUUUCGCUGCAGAGACUGUGGCUAUGCCUCAAGAACAUCCCUCAAGAUUCUGACCUGGACAGCUUUGGUCAAGCCUUACUUUCAAUCGAAUCAAACCAGCUUCGAGAAAUUGUGAUAGUGUUUAUUUGGCUUUCUAGCCCAACUGAAAUUAUAGAGAAAGUGAAGAACAUGUUCAGAAAUCACGAGUCUGCUCACCACGAAGAGAUGGAUAAUUAUCUUUCAUCCGAUCCAUUCAGGACACUGAGCAAAGUAGAAUUUGCACUUUCAGCUGUUCUUGACAGCGUGGAAGCUAUUACAGCGGUUGAGGAGCAGUGGAAGCAGAUCUUUGCACCGUUGUUCCCACGACUGACUGAGCGAGGUAUCCUCUGUGACGGGACCUGGGUACGAAGACAACUUUUGAUUAUCGCGGCCGUUGUAUCUACAGCAGAUGCUUCUCGCAUUCCUGGUCACGUCUCCACUCUGGCAACGAUGAAAGUUACCCUCAACUGGACCGCGAAGGCUUCUACCCUCGUCUUUCCGGCUCCUCGAAGUGUCGUAUGGUCCUGCGGGCUCUCGGUACGCGAUCCCUCCUACAAUUAG